UCUUUUUUUUUAACGUUGACCGGUUCUUGCAACAUUAUGAACCAUUCGUUAGCACAAUGAUAUUUAGCUUAGCAGGCUUUUGAUCGCAUUUGAAACAAGCAAAGCGACCUGAAACAAUGUUAUUAAAUGCGAGGAUUUUACUUCUUGUGGGCAUCGCAAGCUGUGCUCAUUUCAUACCGUACGAGUCCAACGCGAUACCCUCAGGUUACUACUGGAGAGAGUACGACGGAACAAUACCAACCGAUGCGGUCCCCGGCGGAAGUGACAAGGACGGGAAUCUCACUUACGUUGGCCAGAUCUACAUGAAAGACUAUGGACUGUUGCCGGCCACCAUAACUCGAGGAUCUACUGUUGCAGUCUCAUCCUCGCAGGGCAUAACGGUACAGACAGAGAAAGAUGUCAAGAUACUGUGCAGCAUGGAACAGUACAUGUUUAAGUGGAUAGUGACCAAGACUGGAGAGGAGCACUUGUUUACGGUCGACUGUCCAUUGGUAAAAGGCGGUUCGGAAACAAAUCAAACCAUACACAUCGGACGGGUAAUGUACGAAGGAGCGACUAUAAUCGGAAGAGUUUUCAGUUACUGGGAGAUUCACAAAGGAUUGUGGAUACCGUACAAUGGACAACAGAAGAACUUUAAUUCUUACGAAAUAUUAACCUUCAAUUGUCAGAGAUAUUUUAUUGCUAAUAAAUAGUGCAUUUUUUGCGUCGUGUGGGUUUGCCGUAAAUAAAACCGACUACUUACGAUAGUUAUGCACGCUUAAAAUUA